AUGUUGUCCCCUUUCCGCUCCAGCGCGCUCCUCCUCUCAUUCCCUCUCCUGUCGCUCUCUCGAGAAAUCGUAUUUCCCCCGCUUUCGGGCUACCAGAACGAACAGAUUCCGGUCCAGCCGGGCUCCAUAUUCAACGCUCAGGGCAGUAUUAAGGAUGGCAGGAUAUCAGGGGCCAAGUUUGCGGGCCUGACGACUUUUGCGAACUUGCCAUACGUGCACUGCCUAGCGGCUGACGGAGCGGAUGUGGAGAGGUUUGAUAUUGCCUUUUUGGGUGCACCAUUUGAUACGGGUGUCACAUCUCGACCCGGCGCCAGAUACGGGCCAGGAGGCAUUCGCAUCGGCUCAAAGAGAAUGGAACCAGAUCAAUACAACAUCUACACUGGAAAGAGCGCCUAUCACAGCUGGGCCAAGGUUGUGGAUUGCGGGGAUGCGCCACUCACUUUCCUGGACAACACUGUCGCGCUCAAGCAGCUAGAAGAGGCGCACAAGGCAAGCCGUGCGACAAAUUCGAGCGACUACACGAGACCUAGAAUCAUCACGCUGGGCGGCGAUCACACAACGACGCUAUCGGCGUUGAGGUCUACUGCGGAGCAAUGGGGCCCGGUUAGCGUCAUCCAUUUCGACAGCCACAUAGACACCUGGGAUCCUAAGGUCAUUGGCGGGGGAGUCUCGCACUACGCAGGAGUCAAUCACGGCACGUUCCUCCAUAUAGCACACGAAGAGGGUUUGAUCCGCAACACAUCGAUUCAUGCGGGUAUUCGAGCGCCAGUGAUGCGGCCGCGAGGAGACAUCCGCAACGACGUCAGAUGCGGAUUCGACAUGGUCAAGGCCAGAGAGAUAGACCGCAUCGGCAUCGACGGAGUCGUCGAGCGUCUGAAGCAGCGCGUCGGAGAUAGCAGGGUCUACGUUUCCGUCGACAUUGACGUUCUCGACCCAGCAUUUGCGCCGGCAACCGGCACGGCUGAGCCAGGUGGAUGGUCGUCUCGUGAGCUCCUCAGCAUUCUGGACGGGUUGAGCGGGCUGGAUGUCAUUGGGGCAGACAUCGUGGAGGUGUCGCCGAUAUGGGAUAAUGCUGGAGAGACGACAGUGCUUGCAGCAGCGCAGGUGGCGGAUUCUCUCCUGACAUUGAUGGUGCAGACGCCGGUCAAGUCGAAGGCGGAGGAGCUAUGGUGA